AUGUCCUCAAAUCAAAAGAACUCGAGCGUUUCGCAAAGCAAAGCAGGCACAAAACACGAACCAACAAAUGACGCCUCUUCAGAUAUAUCUUUUAGUUUUGACAAUAAUUCAGAAUUAGAUCCUCGUCUUUUACGGGCCUUAUCAAAAUUAAAAUACGUUAAGCCGACGCUUAUUCAAGAAAAAGCUAUACCACUUGCCUUGGCAGGCAAGGAUAUUUUAGCAAGAGCGAGAACUGGUAGUGGUAAAACUGCUGCUUAUUCUUUGCCUGUUAUUCAAAAGAUACUGACUGCAAAGGCUACAUCAAAAUUAACAUCGAUCCACGGUUCGACGCGUGCAUUGAUCCUAGUUCCGACUCGAGAGCUAGCGCAACAAGUAACAAAACACAUAAAUGAGCUUUUGAUUUAUUGCUCCAAAGAUAUCAAAGUAGUAAAUAUCGGCACCAAUACUCCCGUAGAACUACAAAAACCCCUUCUAUUAGAAGCACCUGAUAUUGUAGUUUCCACUCCUUUCCGCGCGGUAGCGCAACUCGAAGCACAAAAUCUUGUUGUUCGCGAAUCAUUACAAACGUUAGUCAUUGACGAAGCUGAUCUUAUUCUAUCAUACGGCUACGAAGAAGACAUGCAAAAAUUGUUGACCUUUCUUCCAAAAUUCUUUCAAAGUUUAAUUAUGAGCGCAACAUUAAGCAAGGAUGUGGAAAAAUUAAAACAUUGGAUACUAAGGAAUCCUGUCACUUUAAAGCUUGAGGAAGAAAAAGACGAGCUUGAUCUUCUAGCCCAAUAUUGUGUUUUAUGUUCCGAAGUCGAUAAAUUCCUGUUGAUCUUCGUGAUAUUAAGACUUCGCCUUAUAAAAGGGAAAUGUCUCAUAUUUGUGAAUGACAUUGAUCGAUGUUAUCGGUUAAAACUUUUCUUGGAGCAGUUUUCUAUAAAGAGUUGUGUGCUGAAUUCGGAGCUGCCUUUGAACUCGAGAUAUCAUAUCGUUGAAGAGUUUAAUAAGGGCGUUUACGAGUAUAUUAUUGCUACGGAUGAAAAUAAUCUGAAGGGUGAAAAAGAUUCUGACGAUGAGCUAGAUAAUAAUGAUUAUGCAACAGAUAAUGAUGAAGCUUCUAAAAUGGAACAAUCUCAAGAGUCAAAUCCAAAAAAGAAGAAAAAGUCGCGUAAGAAUAAACAAGACAAAGAAUACGGCGUUUCGCGUGGAAUCGAUUUUGUAAAUGUCGCAGCGGUUAUUAAUUUCGAUUUCCCGACCUCUGCAAAAUCGUACACCCAUCGCAUCGGGCGAACUGCGCGUGCCAAUCAAAAAGGAAUGAGUUUGAGCUUUGUUGUGCCUAAAAAAUUAGCGGGUAAAAAUAAGAAUGUUUCAUGCCCAACUACAGAAAACGACGAGGUAUUAUAUGCUCGUGUCGAAAAACAACAAUUGGAGGCAGGAAGAACGAUCAAACCAUACACGUUUGAUAUGAAACAAGUGGAAGGGUUCCGAUAUCGUGUAGAAGAUGCUCUCAGGGUUGUGACGCGUAUUGCUAUUAGAGAAGCGCGUUUAAAAGAAGUCAAACAAGAAAUAAUUAAUUCUGAAAAACUAAAGUCUCAUUUUGAAGAUCAUCCUAAAGAUUUAAAUUUUCUUCGUCAUGAUAAACCCUUGCAUCCAACGAGAGUCCAAACCCACCUGAAAGAUAUUCCCACUUAUCUAAUGCCACGUAUAAAGACUCUUCGUGUACCUGACACCACAACUGAAGGCACUUCAUCAAAUGUUGGCUAUGUGCCCUAUCACAAGACAUCAACUAAUCGAUACCGUAAACAUAAAGGACCCAAAUUUGCCGGACAGAAACGAAAAAACGAUCCUUUAAAGACAUAUAAAACUAAGAAUGAAGAAAAAAGGAAAAAACAGAAAAGAAGCUGA